AUGUUUGCCCCUUCAGCAAGGCAGUUUCCUCAGGACUGUGCUGAGAUCUAUCGCAUAGGGAUCAAAGAGAAUGGAAUUUACACCAUUCAGCCUGACCAACAAAGACCUGCGCUGGAGGCUUCAUGUGACAUGGAGACAGCAGGCGGGGGAUGGACAGUGUUUCAGACUCGGAGAGACGGCUUGCUGGACUUCAACCGGACAUGGCAGGAGUACCAGGAGGGCUUUGGAUCUCCCCAAGGGGAACACUGGCUGGGGAACGCAGCUCUGCAUGGCCUCACCUCCUCUGGCCAGUACCAGCUCCGCAUUCAGCUGGAGGACUGGCACCAGCAACGGCGCCAUGCCACCUACAACACCUUCAGAGUGGCCUCAGAGACACAAAGGUAUCGUCUGACAGCUCGGGAGUACUCUGGUGAUGCUGGCAACUCACUUAGCUACAGCAAACGCUACAACCACGACGGCCGAGCAUUCAGCACCAACGACCGUGACCAUGACCGCUACACAGCUGGUAACUGUGCACAGUACUAUGGUGCUGGUUGGUGGUUUGAUGCCUGCCUGGCUGCCAAUCUGAACGGACGCUACUAUCGUGGGCGCUAUAGCGGGCUGACCAACGGCAUCUACUGGGGCACAUGGUACAUCCUGACGGACAGCCGCAGCGGGGAGCGCUACUCCUUUAAGAGUGUGGAGAUGAAGACAAGGCCUCGGGACUUCUGAAGAAGCUAGCCUAGAGAGCAAUUGAGACUGGAAUGUAGAAAGGUGUAGGAUAAAUAAAUCCUAUUCUUUGACGAAAAUAUACUACAAAUCAAAAGAGGUUCUCCAUUCAGAUGGCUUAGUCCUAUACUCGUAUGAGUCUCUGUCUGGAGAUCUGUCCACGAGGUAUGUAAGAUGUACUCCUGAAGAAUUGUUUAGAGUUUGUCUGAUGUCCUGUACUCCAUCAUGUAAAAUGUCACUGGUAUAGUGAACAACACUUUUAAGAUUGAUACUCUGGUUGGCUGUGGGCUUCACUGACGAGGACAGUGCUUAGAAUGAAGGCUGCCUUACAGAGGCUCUACAUGCCAUGGCUCUGUCUGUAUUCAUGUCUUUGGUGUGUUUUAAAGUCUAACAAGGAUCAGGAGACUAUGUGAUCCGGAGGAAAGCAUCAUGGAUCCCAACACCUGCUUUAUUUUACCCAAACUCAAACCAUACUGUUGAGCACCUUUUUCUUUUGUGAUGAUUAAAUAAAUAUUUGUUCAUGUUGUGCAUA